AUGAAGUGGACACCUGUGGUACUGUGCUGCUGGCUCCUGGCCGCGACCGUCACGGCCUACGUGGUGCUCAAGCCUAAGGCCUACGUGCGGCUCAACGACGCUGACGGCAAUAAAAGGAUCAACUCCUCUACGCUCAACACUCUCGACUUUGACUACGUGACCAACCUGCUCUACGUGCUUGCUCACGAACCUGCACGACUCACCGUCUUCUCUCUGUCUCUGGACGGCACACCGACCCAGGUGUUGGAGCACAAGUUCAGCACAGCUCUGGAGGGUUUCCCUCUUGACAUCGAGAUCUGCCGACCGUUGGUCAUUGGAAGCACCCCCCGGGUCGCAAUCUCUUUCCAAGACCCGGCCUCCAGGAGUGCAGACGGGAGAGUUGUCUUUUUCCAGCCCCUGUCGUUCAAUGACAAAGAUCUAGUCGAGAUUCAGAGAGUGACAGUGGGUCCAUACCCUGUGGACCUAGAGUUUGCGGAAGACUGCUCUGUUCUCAUUGUCGCCAACAAAGGGCAGGCAACUAAGGAGGGAACAAACAUCUACAGGGACCCUGAGGGCACGCUCACUCGCGUCCAGAUGCCACCAGAUUUCUCCGACCUCAGCCCCAUCACCAGUACCACCAUCUCAUUCGCUGACUACUUCGAUGGACCGGCCGGUGGGGCCAACUUGGCCGAGCUGUUGGCCGGCAACUUCCGAUCGUUCCCAGUUCGAGACCCCAACAACGGCCUGUUGAGUAUAGCACAGAACAUCGAGCCUGAGGAUGUUCUCAUAGCAGAGGGUGGCAGGACAGCUUACGUCACACUACCGAUGAACAAUGCUGUCGCGAAAGUGAAUCUUUUCACCAACCAAGUGAGCGAGAUUUUCCCCCUGGGUAACAGAUCAUGGACGGACUAUUACAUGGACCCCAGCGACAUGGACGGUGGUGUGAACAUGCGAGGCUUCAACAUCUACUCCCUGUACCAGGCGCGGCGCAUCGAGUGGAUCUCGCAGGGGACUAGAGAGUUCCUCAUUACACUCGACAGCGGGCUCUUCAACAUCAACCACGAGUACGGCUUCAUGGACUUUGAACGGGGCAAGACUCUCCAGUCUGCAGGAGUGUUUGACACCGGUGACCAGAAGUUGGAAUCUGAGCUGGCAGAUGACACAAUGUUAGGCCGGUUAGCCAUCAGUACUGUGGACGGCGUGAGAUUAGACGGCCGGAUUGAGAACGUGUUUACAUUCGGAGGCCGAGGCUUCUCCAUCCACAGCGGCCAGAACUUGGACAUCCGCUCAGCCACCGUGGACAGCAUAGAGAAAGUGACCAAGCAGUACAUGCCCGAUGUUUUCAACAGCGCCUACAGGUCGCCUACGUCAAAUCCACAGAGGGAUAGAGAGUCUACAUCUCCCUUCUUGGGCCCAUAUCUUCAAGCGAUGACUGUGGCCGAGUUUCAGGACAAGACUGUUCUGUUCUUGGGCAGCGGCAAUUCUGGCAUCAUCUACGUGUAUGUCCUGUCUGCUGAUGCCACUUGUCCUCAGCCUUAUUUCCACAGCCUGUACAGAGCCGGGGGGAAAUACUCCACCUGGCAGACUCUCUAUGACACCGAGGCCAUGGGCGAUAUUGGGAUCAACGACAUGAGGUACCUCGAAGACAUUGACCUCACACCCAUCUUGGUGGUCACAUCAUCAAUCAGCAACAGCGUCAGCAUCUACCAUGUUGAAGAAGGACCCUUCGACUCCGAUUCAUCUGUGUAAUUCUGUAGUUUCCCUUCUCACUUGACUAAUAAAUUUCAGAUGCUACAAGAA